CAAGCAAGAGAAAUAAACGCGGUUUCGCCUCUCCAGUCUUCAAGUCUCCACGCUCUGUCUCUCACUUUGCACUCAUCACUCGCCAGACAUCACCGCUAGUAUACUUGCAGUCACUCUACAAACUUUCUCUCUCUCUUUCUCUCUUUCUCUCUCUAGUCCUAGGUUUCCGCUUCCAGGACUCAGCACUCCAUCGAUUGUGGUUCGUUCAGAAAUUUAGAAACCCUAGUCAGAGAUCAGAUCUACAAGCAUUUCUUCGUUUCUUCGCUAGCGAUGCAUCUAUAGUGGGAACCCAAAUGGCGAACUCCGACCCCACCAAGCGGCCACGUCCUGGUCCAUGGCCGCCGGCGCCAGACUCCACCGCAAUGCCGCCGCCCUCCUGGGCCAAGAAGACUGGCUUCCGUCCCAAGUUCUCCGGCGAGACCAAUGCAAGUGACUCCGGUCAGAUUGUCGUCCCACCCAAGCCUAAAGAGCCUGAUUCCAAUGUGGAUCUUGAAUUGGGCCGGGUUAGGCCGCCUCCUGCGGCUCCUGCGGCUCCGGCUGCUCCGGCGGUUCCAGUGGCUCCAGUAGCUAAUGGCGUGCCGGAGGGAGAGAAGGUUCCGGUGCCGUCAGAGAAGACUCAGACGGUGAAAAAGAGGCGGAACUCAGAUGGCGCUCCGGUGCCUAAGAGUUCGGCACCGGGUCCAAACGGGCAGGCUCCGGCGGCACCGGCCGAGCCGCAUCCUCGAAGACCGGCUCGAAGUGAAGAAGCGGUCGAUGUACUGCCACAAACAGUUGACGAUGAUGGGUUUGUGGCUCGGCACUCGCAUAUGAAGUAUGAACUUAGGGAUACACCUGGUUUUGUUCCAAUUGGUUUAUAUGGGUUCCAGCAUUAUGUUUCGAUAUUGGGUUCCUUGAUUCUAAUUCCACUAGUCAUAGUUCCGGCAAUGGGUGGUGAUCAUGAGGAUACUGCGAUGGUGGUCUCCACUGUGCUCUUUGUGUCAGGAGUGACAACUCUCUUGCAUACAUCAUUUGGCACGAGGUUGCCCUUGAUACAGGGUCCUUCUUUUGUUUAUUUGGCUCCAGCUCUUGCGAUAAUCAACUCUCCUGAGUUCCAAGGAUUGAAUGGAAAUAAUUUCAAGCAUAUUAUGAAGGAGCUACAGGGAGCAGUAAUCAUAGCUUCAGCUUUUCAAACAAUAUUGGGAUAUAGUGGACUGAUGUCAGUACUCUUAAGGUUGAUUAAUCCUGUGGUUGUGUCCCCAACUAUCGCUGCUGUUGGACUUUCCUUUUAUAGUUAUGGUUUCCCACAAGUUGGUACUUGUCUUGAGAUUGGUGCAGUGCAGAUCUUAUUGGUUAUAAUUUUUUCUCUUUACCUUCGCAAGAUAUCAGUUAUGGGUCAUCGUGUAUUUCUAAUUUAUGCGGUUCCCUUGGGUCUGGCAAUCACAUGGGCCACUGCUUUCCUUCUGACUGAGGCAGGAGUUUAUAACUACAAAGGUUGUGAUGUAAAUGUACCAGCCUCUAAUAUGAUAUCCGAGCACUGCAGAAAGCAUGUUUCCAGGAUGAAGCACUGUCGAGUUGACACUUCCCAUGCUUUAAAAUCUUCUCCGUGGUUUAGGUUUCCUUAUCCAUUACAAUGGGGUACACCUGUCUUCCACUGGAAAAUGGCCAUUGUCAUGUGUGUGGUUUCUGUAAUCUCAUCAGUGGACUCAGUGGGCUCCUAUCAUGCAUCAUCGUUACUGGUGGCAUCCAGGCCUCCAACCCCAGGUGUUCUUAGUCGUGGCAUUGGUCUUGAAGGUAUUUCUAGUGUCUUGGCUGGUCUCUGGGGUACAGGAACUGGGUCCACGACUCUAACUGAAAAUGUGCACACUAUUGCUGUGACUAAAAUGGGAAGCCGCAGAGCAGUUGAGUUUGGUGCAUGCAUUUUGAUAGCGCUAUCCCUUGUAGGUAAAGUUGGAGGGUUUAUUGCUUCAAUUCCUGAAGUCAUGGUUGCUGCUCUCCUGUGCUUCAUGUGGGCAAUGCUUGCAGCAUUGGGGUUGUCAAAUUUACGUUACAGUGAGGCAGGAAGCUCCAGGAAUAUUAUCAUAGUUGGCCUGUCUUUGUUUUUCUCCCUUUCAAUCCCAGCCUACUUUCAGCAAUAUGGCAUCUCUCCAAAUUCCAAUUUGUCUGUUCCAAGUUACUUUCAACCAUACAUUGUGGCUUCUCAUGGACCUUUUCGCAGCAACUAUGGAGGGGUAAACUAUGUUAUGAACACAUUAUUGUCAUUUCACAUGGUAAUUGCAUUCCUGGUAGCUGUGAUCCUAGAUAACACAGUGCCUGGCAGUCGGCAAGAACGUGGGGUUUAUGUCUGGUCUGAACCAGAGGCUGCAAGGAGGGAGCCAGCUGUUGCUAAAGAUUACGAGUUGCCCUUCAGAGUUGGGCGAGUGUUCAGAUGGGUGAAAUGGGUUGGGCUUUGAUAGACAGGGAUUUUAGUAGGUAUGAUGGGCAUCAUGACAUUGUGAGGACCAUGGGACAGCUUUCUCCUGGGUGGGGAGAUUGUCUUUUUUGUUGUGAUCCAAUAUAUAUAUAUAUAUAUAUAUGUAUUAAGUCCCAGGGGCUCAAGUGGUAAAAUAGGAGUUUGAAAAACUUGUGUUUCUUCUUACACAGGAUGGGACGUUUUGGGACUAGAUUUUACAGGGGAUGAGUUAUUUGUGUACAUUGGGGGAUCCGGGAGGGGAUCUGCUUUGUGUUGUAAUUUUAAAUUAUAAACAGUGUAUCUAGUUUUGAGUUAUUAAAAAUGUCCAGCUGGAUUUUUUUUUUA